AUGUCGACUCAAGAAGGUACUUCAAAGGCGAUCCAAGCCCUUCUUGAAGGCAAUGGAUCCAUCAUGUCAAAGGACAAAACCUCAGAGACGUCGGUGUUUCUUGUCAAGUGGAUUAACAAAGCAACUGGAGACAGCAGUCGAGCUCACGUCCCGGAAAGCGAGUUGAGGACAUCCUGUCCCAAGAAACUGGAUCAAUAUUUGCUCAAGGAAGACAAGGCUCAAUGA